UAAUACUAAAAUUGAUAAAACUUAAGACCCAACAGAGUAACUGAAACAGGAUAGAACCGGCGCCUAGCCUAGGUUGUCUGUCAACAACAAUGUCUCGCCUGCUGAAGCUCUAUCUCUUUGCUUACAACUCUCUCCAGGCUUUUGGCUGGACAAUUUCUUUGUUCAGAAUUUUGUCCUGUUUCAUAGCCACCAACUCUGUCAAUGGCGCCUAUGCUUCUGCUGGAGACUUAAUCUGUUUGUUACAAACUUGUGCGUUCUUGGAAGUUGUACAUGGAGCAAUAGGGAUUGUUCCGAGUGGAGUGUUGUUUCCUCUGAUGCAAUGGGGUGGAAGAACACAUUUCUUAUUAGCAAUUGUCCGCCGGAUUCAUGAGGUACAGGAAUUACCUGCAGUUUUCAUAACAUUUUUUGCUUGGAGCCUAACCGAGGUAAUCCGGUAUUGGCAUUAUGCAUUGAACAUAUCUGGCGGUUGUCCGUCUUGGCUCACCUACCUGAGGUACACUUUAUUCAUUGUGCUGUAUCCUAUGGGCCUUGCUCCGGGUGAAAUGUGGCUUAUGUACCAAGCACUUCCAUAUAUAAAGGAGAAGAACCUCUACGGGGAUUUCUUCACUAGUGUUCCCUUUAGCUAUUAUAAUUUUGUCACGGUUGUUCUUCUCAUCUAUCCAUUCCUUUGGUUGAAUCUUUACCUCCAUUUAUUUAAGCAGCGACGGUCAAAACUUGGUAAGCAACACCACAAGAAGAAGAAAAUUUGAAGGUCGGAGGUUCCGAUUUCAAACCAAUAAUUGUGGAAUUCAAAUUACAACUACUUUGAUAUUCCAUGAUACUAUGUUGAUGGACUUCAUUAAUUUCCAGUGUAUUUCUUAUGUAACCAGCAACAUGUACUUCUUGGGAUGAUAUGUGCCCUUAUUUUAAGAUUAAAUAUUCAAACACAUGAUCA